GGCCGACAUCGGAAAACGUGGGGCUGGCAGACGAGAAUCGCGGGGAGCCGCUUCGGAGCUGGCAAUUGUGUUUUAAAGCCCAGAGCUUCUUUUCCCUCCAGGGUCGCCAGUGUGUUCCAGGUCCCCUUCCUCAUUCCCAUCAAGCAAACUUUGGAUUCCCCUUUCUCCUGCCAGAUCACCUCAUCUGCCGCCCCUUGAUUUGGCUCAGUCCUUUAAUCCUCCUGCCCGCCCAAGAGACACCCCGAUCGUCUGCUACUUUCAGAACAACAAAGCUGCCGACAGCUCCGACGAUCAGCGCCAAUCAAAGGCCGAGCCAAACCAAUUGGCUCCCAAAACAGCGGGCAUUCAACUCGAGACGAGACAGGACGAAUACAGAAAAACAUGACCGAGACGUACAACAUUGUCGUGUUUGGCGGUGACCACUGCGGUCCCGAGGUCGUCGCCGAGGCUAUCAAGGUCCUCAAGGUCCUUGAGACAAGCGGUGUGGCCAAGUUCAACCUCCAAGAGCACCUCCUCGGUGGUGCCUCCAUCAACGCCCAUGGCAACCCUCUGACCGACGAGGCCCUCGCCGCCGCCAAGGCCGCCGACGCCGUCCUGCUCGGAGCCAUCGGCGGUCCGAAAUGGGGCACGGGCGCCGUCCGCCCGGAGCAAGGCCUGCUGCGCCUGCGCAAGGAGAUGGGCACAUACGGCAACCUGCGGCCGACCUUCUUCCCCUCGGACGCGCUCGUCGACUUCUCCCCGCUCAAGCCCGAGGUCUGCCGGGGUACCGACUUCACCGUGGUCCGCGAGCUCACGGGCGGCAUCUACUUUGGCGAGCGCACCGAGGACGACGGCUCCGGGUACGCCAUGGACACGGAGCCCUACACGCGCGCCGAGAUUGAGCGCAUCACCCGGCUGGCCGGCAACCUGGCGCUGGCGCGCGACCCGCCCGCGCCCGUGUGGUCGCUCGACAAGGCCAACGUCCUGGCGACGAGCCGGCUGUGGCGCAAGGUCGUGACCGAGACCAUGGCCCGCGAGUUCCCGCAGCUCAAGCUGAGCCACCAGCUCAUCGACUCGGCGGCCAUGAUCAUGGUCAAGAACCCCACGGGCCUCAACGGCGUCGUCGUCACGAGCAACCUCUUUGGCGACAUCAUCAGCGACGAGGCCAGCGUCAUCCCGGGCUCCAUCGGCCUCAGCCCGAGCGCCAGCCUGAGCGGCAUCCCGGACGGCAAGAGCCGGUGCAACGGCAUCUACGAGCCCAUCCACGGCUCCGCCCCAGACAUCUCCGGCCAGGGCAUCGUGAACCCGAUCGGCACGAUCCUCUCCAUCGCCAUGAUGUGCCGGUACUCGCUGCGCCUGCCCAGGGAGGCCGACGCCAUCGAGCAGGCCGUGCGCAACAUCCUCGACGGCGGCGUGCGCACAAAGGACCUCGGCGGCAGCGCGGGGACCAAGGAGACGGGCGACGCCGUCGUCGCGGAGCUGCAGAAGAUCCUCAACGCUUAGUGAGUCCAGCCAGCAGGAGUAAAAAGUGUUUCGGGGGUUGGGUUUGGAGGAGACACGCGAUGUGUUAUGUUGCAGGGAGAAAGUGACCAGCAGUGGAGGAUGAUGAUCUCGAGAAAAAAGAGAAGGAAACUUGAACAAAACAAAAGGAGAUAGUUAUACCCCCUUCUCUUCCCCCCCCCCCCUCUCCUCCCCGCUGAUGGCUGAUGAAAAGUUAUCGGGAACAUUGGAUUACGAUUACGAAAUGAACAAAACAUAACAAAGACGCAAAACGUGUUGACUGAGA